GCCCAUCUAGCAACCUCAACCGACUGCAUAUCUAGGCAUGGAUACCCAAAUCAGCGAGACCUUGUGGCGCAACCUGCCCGGGGAGCUCCAGGGCAUGAUCGCGACGUAGGUCGUCGAGGAAGAACAUGGCGAGGACAAGACGGUGGCAGGCUACGCCACAGUCAGCAAAGCAUGGCAGGUGAUCGUCGAGCGGAUAACCAUGAGAGAGCUCAGGUUUUCCAAAGACGAACUGAUCACGUUUGAGCAGCUCUUCUUGGACGUCCGUCGCCGUCGAUACAUUCGGUACAUUGGUCUUGAGUUCCUGUUCAUAGACUCAGUCGAGUCCGUGGACAAUAGUGUCUGGACCGCCAGCAUUUGCGACAGAAACCUGGCCCGUCUGCAUCGGGAGCUGAACAGGCAAACAACAAACGCCGAGGACAAUGCCGCAUGGAACACAAAGCGAAUCAACUAUGAGGUCACUAAUAUGAUAUACUGGUUCAUAAGCUUGACUAGUCGCUGGGAAAGAUCCGAGGUCUCCCACGACGGCAUCUGCCUCGAGCUGAUUGCCGAGACCAAGAGCUACUGCCAAGAGCUGGCAUGCCGAUUCGUGGAGUACGACGGAGAUGUCCUGGACAACAGUUACCUCAACACCAUAGACGAAGAUUACCGCGCAUUUUUAUACAGGAGUGCCUCAAGGGACUUUGACAGGCAGGCAGAAUGGGACCACACCUGGCAGGUUGACUUGGAUGCUCUCGGGCUGCCUUGCAACACAUUCGAGUCACUGACGGCCGAUUUUAUCUCUGGGAUCUCGCUCAACUAUGACAACGUCCGGUACAUCAGCCCCUACGUGGUCAACAAGCUGGCCAAACAACUCUCCUCCAUCGAAUACAUCGACUGGCAGUACAAAGCCCGCUUCUGCUCGACGGAGAAGCACGACAAGCUCAUCGACGACCACAUCGCCGCCGUCGCGCAGCUGCCCGCCACUAUCAGGAGCCUCUGCCUCCGCCAGGUCGGACUCGGCCAGUUCUGGGGAGCCCAGGGCAACCAGCAGACUUACGAGUCGCACAAGCGAGGGGAUCUGGCGGCCGCCCUGGCAGCGCUGGCGGCGAGGCAGCUUGAGAAGCUGACCGUUACGUGCGUCAUCGACGCGCUGGACUUUUUCAAAAUGGCAGGCCCCAAUACCAUGUGGCCGAUGCUCAAGCACUUGGCCCUGACCACGUCGUGCUUGGACGACAAGGAGCCCACGUCCUUUGAGUCGCCGCGCGCGCAUCAGAUCCAGCGGGUCAUCCACAAGGCUGGAGAAGCGGCUCUGCGGAUGCCCCAGCUCGAUUUCUUCUCGCUGACCAACGGGAACCCCGACGGCGGCGUCGACGUCUUCUUCAGCUUUCAGGUGCACGAGUACGAGCCCCACGAAUUCGAACCGUCCUUUGCCAUGGUCAAGGUCUUUGCAGAUCAGCGCAACGAGCAUGCCACCAACGACGUCCUGACCAGGCUUUCACUGAAGAAGUGGCACGAGGUCGCCGCCUCGAGGUCCCUGGACCUUACCAUGAAGGUGGGGUUUGGGGGCGACACCGAGCAGCACUGGCAUUGGUCCUUGAUGGGUGGGAUGGCGGGCGUGGAUCGGCUACAGUAUCCGGUGGUGCGGCAAAGGGGGUGAUGCAGUGCUGGAGGGACCUGCACGGGAGUCGGAUGCAUGCACUGUAGCGGAGACGACAUGAUUGCGCUAUACCAAGCUAAGAAAAGGCACCUUCAUACGGCGCCUCGAAUACGAGCUUGAGACCCUGACCGCGCUUUGCGAGGAUGCGGAGGGUGGCCGCUGGAGGUUAUGGACAUGAGUUUCCCGAACCCUGUUCAGUAUAUUUUUUUUAGCGUUCUGUAUGGGUUCUUUUUUUUGUAAUACUCACAGCGAGUGAUAUGCAUAAUCCUGGUCGAAAUAUGAAGGUCACCCUUUUGCCUCUGUAGAUGUUGGGCCACUGAUGCUUGGCUCCUGGUUCGUAAGGGAUUGACACCGCUCUAUGAGUUUAGGGUUGCUGGACGAACCAUCAAAGUCCAAAGCCACAUUCGGCUACUGUGCGAGUUGCCACCAUUCACAAAGUGUUCCAAGAACAGCAAAAAGUGCCCAAC